AAAAUAGCAGUCAUAGAUAGAAGAUAUUCGUGUGUUCGUUUCAACCAGUCCAAGUGCGCAGCAGGGUGCUGAAACUAGUCACAGGAAUUUCUUUGAUUUGAAAUUGAACUUUGUUUUUGUUGUAUGCAUUAUUUGUAUUUGAUUUACAUAAAAAUACUAUCCGCUAUAUUCAGUGUGUCGUGAAUUGUGUCCCAGAGAAGUCGUCACUUCGCAAGGAAAAGCAAAAAUUCAGUGAUCCUAAAAGCGCAAUUGAAACUUGAAACGACAAAAUGUCGCAGUCAUUGAAGUUCUAUUUUGAUUUCUUAAAUCAAUCCAGUCGGGCAUUGUACAUCUUUCUGGAGGCAUCGAAAAUCCCUUUCGAGGCGAUUCCCAUUUCCAUGGUCAAAGGUGAGCAUUUGACGGGUGAAUUUCGUGAUAAAGUCAAUCGAUUCCGCAAACUCCCCGCUAUUACGGAUCACGGCUAUCAAUUGUCCGAAAGUGUGGCCAUAUUCCGGCAUCUGUCACGCGAGAAACUUGUGCCAGAACAUUGGUAUCCUCGUCGUCAAUUGGGACGCAGCCGAACCGAUGAGUAUCUGGCUUGGCAGCAGACCAACAUGGAUGUGGCUUGUACCGAUUACUUUCAGCAAAAGUGGCUAAUUCCGCACCUGCAGAAAACGCGUGCAUCCGACAAUGCGCUUAAUGUGGCUGGUAAGCAUUUGGAUGGCACACUCAACGACUUUGAGCAAUUAUUCCUGAGUUCGCACAAGUUCAUUUUGGGCGAAAAUAUUUCAUUUGCGGAUCUUAGCGCUAUUUGUGAAAUUGAUCAAACCAAAAGCGUUGGCUUUAGCGCCUUCAAGAAUCGCCACAAGCUGUCACGCUGGUACGAUCUAGUUCGGGAUGAGUUGGGACCUUAUUACAAGAGUGUUCAGGAGCAGUUUGAUGCGGCUCUGAAGCAGAGCAAUCAGCGGGAGCAGCGGCAAGGCGAAGUGCAAGCUCAGGCCUUGAAGCAGUGAAUAAAAGUGGGGAAGAAGUGUGGGUUAUAAGUUGUUAUUUUAAUAUUAUUUAAAAGAAACAGACGUGGGGCAGCAUCUUCAAAACGAUAAUAGAAAUUAUUCUGAAAUUAAUUAUUAUUAUUUUUUCCCCUUUUUCGAAUUAAUUUAAUUUGUAAGUACUCUCGUUAAUUGUUGAUCUAUCGUCAAUCUCAAAUUGUUACAAAAUAUUAAAUGAAACAAUCAAUUUUCAUUUUAAUAUUUCUUUAUUUGUGUAUUUUAUUCUUAUAUUAUUAUUAUUAUUUUGUUUUUUGUCGAGUUAUUGUUUAAUAAGUUGUUUUUACAUCAAUUCAUUUUCGCAUUUUCGAAUGUAUAUCUUGAAUGACCAUUUAUUGCACAACUUGUUUUAGUUCUAUAGCUAAGAAUUAGAUAAGCUACAAUCAAUUUCAGGAAUAUACAGUCAGCCGAAAAAAAACGAUUUAUACAUUUCUGACGUAAUAUUAUUAUGUUCUUUCUUUUGCUUGUUGUAAUUAAUUCAUAUCAUAUAUAUUGUACGUAUAAUAUUAAUACAAAAAAAAAUAAGUAUUUUUAACCAGUAAAGCAUCUUAUAAAAUAAUACAAAAAAUGUGCACUUAAAUUAUUCGUUCAGAAUGCGCGCAAUUCACAUUAAAUUCCCGAAAAUGGCAAAUUGUGCAAAUCUAUUAUUAUUUGUUUAUAUUUUCAUGUCAGUUUCUAAACAUCAUUGCAUUGUUCACCAAAGAAUUUGAUGAACUCAGCUCGUGAUGGGAAUAUUUGUUGGGCUGACUGACGUUCAAAUGAAAUUUAGUUGCUCUUCAAUGUUUGUCAUUGCAAUUUCGAAAUAUAUACACAUACACAUAUUUAAUUGUUUAUUAUCUAUGCUCUCAUCAUAAUUCUUAAGCUUGUUCGAAAUACAUGUCGUCGAUUAAUUCUUCUGUUGCACAUUAUCAUUAUUGAUUGUUUACAUAUUUUUAUCGCUUUUUUUCAUUUUUUUGUUUUGUUAUUUUUUGAAAGGCACUGCUGCAUUGUAAUUCGUCACUUUUAUCCAUUAUUAUUAUAUAUUCUGUUCAGAUCUUAUUUAUUUUUGUAUAUAAUACUUUCCACUAUACUUAAAAUUGUUUCCGGUUUUAUUCUCUCCAUAGUUUUUAGGCGGCUUCUCUGUCUGUUUUCUGUCUGUCACCAUCGAAUGUGCAACAGUGAAUGUGUGUGUUGUAUUAAAACUCUUUAGAUUAACAUAUUUGUUUAUUGUAGAUCUAAUGUAAUUAUCUCAAUACCCUACAAUAAAUGUGUAAUAAAAAUGUUCUAGCAACAAUUUGGAGUGUUUUCUGAGAGCACUCUAUUGCAUUUUUUCUUGUUUCUUGUUUCUUGUAUGUACGUAGACCCGUUACCCAUAGGGUACAUGUGUUACAAGUAUUAUAACUUAGUGACAACCGCAAAUCUAUGUAACACGCUGAAGGAGGCGCCUCCGACCUUAUAAAGCAAAUGCACAUACUAUGUUAUAUAUAUAUUUUUUUAUAUUCUUUUUGAGUAAUCUGUCUGUCUGUCAGAAUGAACACCUAGAUCUCAGAGACUAUGAGAUCUAUAACUACAAAAUUUUGGUGACAAAACUCUUUUGUGUUGCACGUGGAUCAAGUUUGUUUUUUCUUCGUAUAAUUUGAUCAAGCUCCCUUCAUUACAGUCACUACAUUCUGUAUGAAUCCUCCUAAUAUGGCGAUCGAACUUUUAGGUUUGUUCAAGAAACAAUUUUUAUAGACUGAAUAUCGGUUGCAGCUGGCACCGAGUUCAGUUUGCUUUGGUCAGACUUAUUUUUGUUUGUAUUUUCGAAAAAUGAGUAGCGGGUAUCUGUCAGUCGAGCAUACUCAACUGCAACUUGCUUAGUUGUUUUCAUUUAAAUUUUGUGCUCAUCCUAUCAUGUUUUGCUUAAAUUAGCUUUUAAUCGUGAUCAGUGCUUCAAGUCAUUAAUUCAACAUUUUGCAUUUCUCACAAAAGCAUGACAACAAUUUAGUGGAAACUGUUCGAAUACAAGAUACUCUUAACCCAUGUGUUACCCUUUUUAGUUGAAAUUUGUAA